AAUUGACUUUACAAUAAUUAGCCUAAGCAAAGACGAUCUUUACCUAACCUAUAAUUCUGCGCUAGCUAUACUAAUACUUGACAUCAAGAGAUGUCCCAAGCGAAGGAGGUCCUAGUGUUCACUAGAGACAGGAGUAUCACAGAGAAGCCCAGGGCCAAUGUAGAGCCGUUUGUCCGCUCCGUACAUCCAGUAUACAAGGCCCACCCCCCCAAGCUACCACCCCCCACACAGUAUGACGACCCCCUGCGUAAAUCACCACACUAUGACGACCCCCUAUGUAGACCACCCCCCACACACUAUGAUGACCCCCUGCAUAGACCACAGACACCGCAACCUGAAAGUCUAAUAACGAAACCUCAUGUACAAUCAUUCGGAGGAGUAACGGAAGUCAUGGAUACAAGUCCAACAAGAAACCACCACCCUUAUCCGCCCACCUCAACGCCCAUUGGUGGUCAUGGUAACCAUAUCAGACACACCCCCACUUGUCUCUUUCCCUCUAAAGACGAGAACUCAACAGAAUAUUCCUGUCCAAAUUGCUCUCAUUUAGAGCCAAAGGUUCAGUUUCUGACGGAGGCUAAUCGAGAGUUGAAGAGGCUCCUAGUAGCGUCACUUGGGGACCAGCUCAAACUACAAAUGGAACAACUUAUCAACGACAAAGCAGCUAUCUCUUGUGAUUUAAACGUGUCUCUACGGCAACUCUCUGAUAAUUUGGAGCUUGUGGAUAAAGUGUCGAUAGAUUGUGAUGUAUGGAGAAGCAAGUACCUCGCUAGUAGGUUGAUGAUUGAUGAGUUAGCCAGCGUCAAGAGAGAGGUGUCCCAUCACCUGGUGAGCAGUCAGCAAGCUCUGGUGUGCAUGUUGGCAGAGAGGGACAGACUGAGUGAGGUGCUCAGUGAAUGCAACGCUCAGCUGAGGGGAAUCACCAGUUCUGCCCCACCCUCCCUCACUGACCCCCUCCCUGACCCCCUCACAGCCCCCCUCAUUGACCCCCUCACAGCCCCCCUCCCUGACCCCCUCACAGCCCCCCUCACUGACCCUUCAUCAAGUGGUACAGUACUGGACAUGGCAGUCAGUGCUAACCGGAUGGUCCAAUCACUCAGAGGCAUCUCGGUGGGAGGCAGUCAUGUGAUCACCAACACUACCCCCCAGGCAGCUACACAGCUCUCUGUGGGGGGCAGUCAUGUGAUCACCAACACUACCCCCCAGGCAGCUACACAGCUCUCGGUGGGAGGCAGUCAUGUGAUCACCAACACUACCCCCCAGGCAGCUACACAGCUCUCUGUGGGGGGCAGUCAUGUGAUCACCAACACUACCCCCCAGGCAGCUACACAGCUCUAUGUGGGGGGCAGUCAUGUGAUCACCAACACUACCCCCCAGGCAGCUACACAGUCAACACCAGGAGAAAAACUGGCAAAAAAGGUGUUGAGGUCUCGAGGGGACAGACAAGUACAGCUGCCGUUGAGGCUGCGAGAGGAGGAGCUUAGUAGACACUCAUUAAGACCACACCUAUUUCUCUGUGGGGGUCCGGACUUGCACUGUGGGGGGUGUAAGGGACCACUCAUUCAUGUGUGACACUUGUAGGACUGCUAGUUUCUUAUUCACUUUUGUAACGUUUUGUAAUGUGAAAUCAAUUCCAUCAAUUGUUUGUACGUGUUCCAUGGCAUUAGAUCAUCUGACGUUUAUUUCGUUUG